AUGUGGGAACACAAUAGCACACAAUUGCAGUUUUUGUCAGCCCGCAAUGGCAUCAAUCAGAGCGAUAUAUACACCACAGUCGAUGGGUGGGUGGCUGCUGGGCGAGACAGGGGAACCAUUGACAUCCUCUGGUCAAGCAUUUUGACAAUACUCCUGUGCGUAUGGGCGGCGACGCAUCCUAAUGCGCUUUCGCCAAAAGACAAGUGGUAUCAUGGUUUUUACGACAAGCUCAGUCUGGCCAUGAUAGGGCUCCUGGGACCCGACUUUCUGUUUGGACUAGCCGUGGGCCAGCUGUCAAGUGCUAGGAGGAGUGUAAAGGACCAACAUUUGUGUGACGGCAAGAAAUGGACCUACACGCAAGCGUUCUUUGUUGAUAUGGGUGGCAUUUUCCUCAAGAGUCCCGACUUUCCCGAAGGAUUCCCGAUAGAUGCCGAACAACUGCAUUAUCUGGUGAAGCACGGCUUUAUUGAUUUUCCAGACAUGGAGUCCAUGGAUAUUUCGGAGCGCAACACCGUCGAUACUUUGUCAAGGUGGCAUCGCACCCCCCUCGACGACAUCACUCCGCGCAUGUUUCGUAUCGACGCUUACUGGUGCUUCUAUAAGAGGAUUGGCGAUAUGAUGCACCUUCACCCGUACGGCCGGCCCAUCAAACAAGACCUCUGGGAUAGAUUGCCGUCCGAUCUCUGGCGUCCAAUGGAGCUGGUUUACUACCCCCUCGGCGGCGUUUUCAUCGUGGGAUUUAGCGCUUCAUUCAUGAUUGCAUGGAACUUCCACUUUCCGUCGCCCACGGAGCAACUGAUAUGGAGGCUAGCUGCUCCGUACCACAUGUUCUUUUGUCUCUACGGAGCGUUCCACUGGCUUUACGAGGACCAGAAAUGGCACCGGGACCAAGAGCGCAUGCGGAAUUCACUGUCGGUCGGAUCGACUGUGGACACUGAGGCUCAAAGUCAGCAUGGUGAACAAGGAGACAUUCAGAAAAGAGGUUUUGUCAACAGAUUGGUAACUCUGCUUCGGUCAGGGGUCAACAACUCAGCAGACAAGGACCCGUCGUUGGCUGUUCCUCUUUUCGUGGUCAUGCCAAACGUUCUCAUUUCUGCACUUUAUGCGUGUUGCAGGGUAUAUUUCUACGUCGAGGACUUUGCAUCACUGCGUCAACAACCAAAUGGGAUCUACCUCACAGGUAACCGAUUCUUACCUUUCAUUGGGGAGAUGUGGAAGUAA